AUGGUCCCGCUAUGGGAUCCUCGCUCCGGCUCUGAUAUGGCGACCUUUCAACCCGACAACGUGUCAUUUUCGCGAGCUGCUCGACCGGACUUCGCAUCUGCCGGACCGGCACCGUCCACGUUUUUGUUCGUCGAUGUCGGCGCUACGCAAAGCCGGGAAGACAGACGACGGGUGCGCUCCCAGGUCAUGUUCGCCACACAUGAGGCGAGACGGCGCCGAGGAAUCCAGGGGCGCAAAGCCGGGAACGAGAACCGCAAUGAAGAUCAGGAAGCCGCUUCAUCGAGUCCUAUACAGGUUGCAAGUCUGACCCGCGAAGAUCCAUUCGACUCCUUGCCCGUCAGGAGCUUUCCGGGCAUGCAUGACGUCCUCAAGUUCUUCAUCAACGCUUACGCCGGUUUACCGCUCACAGACGACCCCUUGCUGAAGCAUGGGGCCAGAGAACGAAGCGUCGUCGUGAAACGGAGCAAUACUCUCUGGGACGUAAUGACAUCUGAAGAGACAUCGCUCUUGGUCAUGCUUGCGGAAACGGCCCGUCUCCUGAGCACAACCAGCCACUCUCCAAAGUGGAUGACACGCCACCUGGCGCUGAAAGAAAGAGCCUUGAGAUCCAUCAGGGAAGGCUUGUCGUCAUGGUCAUCGAAAGAACCAUGGACCGUCUCCGACUCUUACCUGACCGCAAUAGCAGCCAUGGGAGCCGCAGGGGUCCUAUUCGGCGACAAAAACGCCGCCAUCGCCCACCUCGUCGCCGUCCGCGAACUCAUCCGCAUGAGAGGCGGCAUCGACACCUUCCAGACCGUCCCCCGCCGCAUCAUCAUAUGGUGCGAGUUCCACGGCUGCGCCGCGCACCAGCUGCUCCCCGUCCUCGCCCCCGCCGCCCCCGCUCCCUCCGACCCCUCCCUCGACGACGCGCUCUCGCCCUCGCCCUCGCCCUUCCCCCGCGCCUUCCGGUCCCUCGUCGCCGCCGCCCUCGCCCGCACGCUCACCCACCUCCCCGACGACCGACACCAAGCGCUGCCCCGCAUCCUCCGCGCCCUCCACCUCUCCAGCAUCGCGUCGACCCCGCGCUGGGAGCCCGCGCUCCUGCGUUCCACCGCCGCCGCCCGCGUCGCCGUCGCCUCCGUCCUCGACGACGGCGUGUACCACCUCCUCGUCGAGCUGGCGCGGCUGAAGGAGGACAGCGCACCUCCUUCAUCGUGUUCCUCUUCGUCGUCGUCCUUCUCAUCAUCGUCAUCGCCGCACUCCUCCGGAACCACCCCCGCUGUGAACCCAGACGACGGCUGCCACCCGCACCCGCACUCCAUCGAUCUCGUCAUGCUACACGCCGCCCACGCGUACCUCUGGACCGCAUCGAGCUACCUCCCGCCCGCCACGCCGAUGAACCUGGCUCUCCUCGAAAGGCUGCGGGACGCGUUGUCUGCGCUGUUGUUGCCGUCAGCGACGAAAGUAAAGCAGGAGGAAGAAGAAGACGACAACGACGACGAGAACGAGGAGCAGGAGCAGGAGCCAGAGCAAGAGCGGGAGCAGGACCAGGUGCAAAGGUGUAAAAAAGCGGGAAACGAACAAGAAAGGGGAAGGGGAAGUGCGUCAUCCGCGUCGCCGGUGGCGCUCUGGGCGUCGGUGGUGGGAUGGGUCCUCGCGAAGAAGGUGUGCUCGAUGGCGGCGGCGGCGGCGGCAGUGGGACGGAGCGGCGACGGGGGCGGCGGGGCGGAAGAGCAGCAAGGGGGUCAGCUGGGCGGGAUGGCGGCGGAGCGGGGCGGGGGGAUGUUGGCGUGGUUCGAGGAGGAGGUUCGGGUGUGGCUUGAGCGGGCGGCGGGAUCGGCGUCCGCGUCCGGAUCCCGGACGGUGGUUGGUGGUGGUUUCGGUCGUGGGGGGGAAGAAGGAGCGGUGGCGGUAGAGCGUGCGGCGAGGGUGAUGGCGGAUUUUCCUGGGACGGACGAGUUCAGCAGGGGGUGGCGGUGUUUGCUGCUGCGUCGGUUUUGUGGCGAGGAAAGAGGAGGUUUCGGUGGUGAUUGCGGCGAGUGGCGUGGAAGCGGGUUGGUGCAUUCGAGCAGCUGUCCCCUCCGGUGGGGCGGCCCACCAACCGCAACGUCUUGA